AUGGCUUAUGUGAGUUAUUUUUUGAAAUAGGUAUUAACAUUAUGCAGGUUUUUCUGGCUUUUUGUUUUAUUUGUUUAUGAUAAUUUUUGAAAAUUUAAGAUUUGUCAUGGAUAAUAUAAACGUUUGUCGAAAUGAACUUCAAAUAGACAUUUUUGAAUAAAAAAAACUUUGUUGCCACAUUUUUUUUUACAUUGUUUAAAUUGCCUAAUCGGUCGAUUUUGAAUUUUUUGUUUCAAAAUUUGUUGAAUGAUGGUUUUGAAGGAUGAAGCGUUGAUGAGUUUCGUAGCUUACUAUUACAAUUUUCAUUCAAAAGCGGACAUUUUUCAGGACAAGGAAAAUUGUGGCAAUGUUGGUCGAUUACUUGUGAGUUUUUGAAGUAAUUUUUUAAAAUUUUUUGAUUUUUAGGGUAGGGUGAGGGUAAAUUAAGGCGAAGUUUGAUAUGAGUAGGGUAUGGUAAAGUUAUGGUUUAGUAGAAUGAGUUUAUGGUAGGGUUUGGAGAAUUUAAGGUAAGGUAGAGUUGAGUUAUGGUAAAAGUAAGCUAAAACUGAUAAGGUAGGGUAAAGUUAUAUUUAGGGCGUGGUAAUAUGACAUUGUGAUAAGGGUUUAGUUAUAGUAUUUAAGUUAAUUGUAGAGCUUUGGUAGGGUAAUAUAAACCAAAGUAAAGUAGAUAAUACGCUAAACCUAUUUAAAAAUGUCAUUUUACAGCGUGUAAACUCAUUUUAUCGUGAGGUUCUUCUGAAUUCCGUUACAUUUUGUGCCUUGAAAGUUGGUACGACUAAUUUUGUGAAGCUGACCAUCAAGCUAGGACCAUUUGCCAAAUUACAGACGAUUGAAAUUGUCAUUAAAUUUCCAUUCGAACUGUUAUGGUUUGGUCACGUUGUACGUGGAAUUCAAUGUUCUGAAAUCAAAGGCUUCAAUGAUUAUUCUGAAAUUGGGCUUGAGGUUAAAGGUAAGGCCAUUUUAAGUUGAUUUUGUACUGUUUAGCUUAUUUUUUUGUUAUUUGAAGGAUUUUUGGAUAUUAUUAUGAAGUUUUUUGAAAUCUUCAUUGACUUCGAUACAUAUAUUUCAAAUCUUCAGUCUUCAAUACAGGUAACGCCAUUUAAAACAUAUUAUUCUAGCUCAAGACUCAAAAGACAUCAAAGACCUAAAAGAAUCAGCCAAAGUCAUUGGUCAAAUCUUGUCAUUGGUGACAUUUAUGGACUACUUGGUAGCACCUCAAUAUCUGGCCGAAAAAGUUCCGGAAUCAGCUGAAAUUACUAUUACCAAAGUGUUCUCGAUUCAGAAGCCGAUUAAUAUCGUGUUUGAUACAAAGAUUCUAGAAAUCAACUUGAAUUCAACUAAGAGUGCUCAAAGAGUGUUCAGAAAUGCAGUGUAAGUUGAAUAUGGCAUCUUGGGUGGAGCAGGGUUGGAUUUUAGUAGUGGUGUGGUAAGAGUAUGGUAGGGUAAGAUGGGGUAGGUUAGGGAAAGUUAGAACAGGGUAGGGUAUUGCAAAGUAGAGUAAGGUGAAGUAGGGUAAGGUAGGGUAAAGUAAUAUAAUGUAGGGUAGAGUAGAGUAGGGUAGGAAAGGUAGAGUAAGUUAGAGUAGUGAUAUGAUAAGAUUAUGUUAGCUUGUUGUAAAACUGAGGGGUAGUUCGGAUGGGAUAUGGCAGGGCAAGAUAAGUUAGGGAAGGAUAAGUUUACAACAGGAGAGCUCAUGGUAGAGUUGAAUUUAGAAAGGGCUGUAAAAAACCUGAGGCAACGUUUUGCUUUUUCAGGAUCCCGAAGAACAACUCGGUUUGUAUGGCCAUGAUUACGGUAUCAAAUAUUUUCGAUUUUGAAUUGACAGUGUUAAGACAUGUGAAUCAAUUGGCCGAAGCUUAUGUUGAUGCCAACAAGAUCUUCCUCAACUAUUGUGGACCGAAAAACGUCGGUUUUUUUUAAUUUUAAAAGUAUUUUUGAAAUUUUAAAGGUUGUUUUUAAAUUUUAUCUUUAAAAAUGACACUUUAUAUGUGAUUUUCGGCUUGUUUUAGUUGUUUUAGGCUUAAAAACAGGGUUUUAAAUACAGGUUUUUUAAUAUUUUUUUAGAUUUUUAAUGAACGAUUUGACAAGCUAUUGGCCAAAGUCUGCAGCUAUCAAGUUCACUACAACAAGACCAAGUUUGGACUGGUUUGCGAUUGGAAGUUGGGCAAGGAGAAUUGA